AUGAAGGAUAAUGGAGAAAAUACAUCAACUACCACACUCUCUACUAUUGCUAUUAAUGCUAAAAAUAAUGCUAUUAUUGUUUUAGCAAUGUUAAAGAGUGUUGAUUAUAUUGCACUUCGAGUAACCUCAAUGAAUCCACCUCUUCUUGAGGUUGGAGAAAAUCUUAGGCGUUCUACAACAUUACAUGAGAUGCAUAAAGAUUUAAUGCAAAGAUUAAAUUCAAAACAACAACAGGUAGAUGAAUUAUUAACAAGAGCUGAUCAAUUAGUUGUUGAACAAAAAGAUACCGAUAUUUAUGUUUAUGAUGCUAUGGCUAAAUCAUUAGCUAUUGCAUGGAAAGAAUUACUUAAAAGACUUGAAAUGAGAGGAUACUUAUUAAAAGACACUGUUGCAUUUUAUCAAAUGGCUGGAAAUCAUGAAGAAUUAUGUGAACAAAUAAAAGGAAUGUUAAGAGGUAAAAAUAAUAAACAAUUAAAUGAUGCAAUGAAUGAGAUCAUUGAUAUUACAUGUGAAGCUGUAGAACUUGGUGCAUGGAUAAUUACACAAUUAAGAACAUUAGGAGCAUUAAGUGAUGAUGAUGAAAGUAUCAAAGAAGUUCUUAAUAGUUGUUUAUUAAUUGAAAAAUCUAUGCUAACAUUAACAGCAAAUUGGGAAUUAGUUGGUGAAUUAAAAAGAAGAGCUCAAGAGGAAGAAGAUGAAUUAGAAAAAAUGAUACCAAUUCAAAUAGAAAAAAGUCGUGAACCACCAAAAAUUAAGGAUCUUGAAGAUGAGAUAUCAGAAAUAGAGAAAUGGUUUAAUAGAACAGAAUUAGCAUUUCAAAAGAAUCCUAAUAUUGCUUCUGAUUUAAUUCCUGAAAUUAAAUCACAAAAAAAUUCCCUAACAAAAAUUAUUAAUUUUAUUGACAGUGAACCAAAAUAUUAUCAUUUAACUCCAAGAUGUACAAAUUUAAUGACAUCAAUAGAAUCAUUCUUACGACUUCUUGAAAAUAAUCAAAAAGGUCAUAAAAAAUUCAAUCAAUUUAUUAAUGCUUGUGAUAUUUUAUCACAUCAACUUGAUAACAUGAUAACAGAUCUUAAAGAUGGUACACCAUCAAUGGCUGGAGAAUUAGCUCCAUUAGCUAGAAGUAAAGUUAAAGCAUUACUAGAUUUUGGAAAUGAAUUAAUAAAAAAUCAAAUAGAAGGUGAAUUAGUUUUAAGGAAAUGUAAUGAAUUACAAAAAAAAUUAUCCCAAAUUGAAUUAAUUGCUGAUAGGAUAAUUCUUGGACAAAAUGAUAGAUUUAAUAAUGAAAUUGAUAGAAUUGAUAAAUGGAUAAAAGAAAAAGGUGAAUAUUUUCUUAAAUCUCACUCAACAUUUGGAAAUGAUUUCAAUGAAAGUUGUAAAUUUUUAAUUGAACAUGAAAACUUUGGUAGAGAAAUGAUAGGUAAACAACAUGAAAUUAAUGGACUUGCUAAACAAUUAAAUGCCCAUCCACCUAAUGAUAAAAAUAUUAUUGAUAAAUUUAUUAAAUGUCAACAAGAUUUUGAAAAUUUAGGUGCAAUUAUUAAUAAUAGAAUUAAACUUGGUAGUACUUAUAAUCAGGUAACUAAAUUUGGAAAAGAUCUUGAUACUUCAUUUAAUACUCUUGUUAAUUUACUUAAUGAAGAAAGAAAUUUUAAUGAUAAUAAUGUUGCUACACGAAUGGUAAAUGUUUUCCAUGCCAUUCAAGAAACAUUGACACAAGAAAAACAUCAUUCAGAUAAAUUUAUUAAUGAUAUUGAUGAGUUAGGUGAUGAUUAUCUUGAUAAAAAUACCGCCAAACAACAAAUGUACAAAAUGCAAGAAUCUCAUUAUGUAAAAUUCAAUCAAAUAACUGAAGCAUGGAAUGAUUGGCAACAGGAAAGAACUAAAGUAAUCCAAAGUAAAAGUUCUAUUGAAGAAAUACAAACAUGGGAAGAAGAGACUGUUGAAUUGAUUAGACUUCUUGAAGAUAAAUUAACUAAUGUAGUAAAUGAAGAAGAAAUAAAAACUAUUAAUGAAGGUAUAAAUAGAUUAGAAACAAUGAUACCAGAAAUAAAAGAAAAAAUAAAAGAAAUUAUCAAUGUGAAAAGUGAAAUUGUUGAUCAAGUUAUUGAUAGAAUAAAAUAUAUUGAAGAAAAAAGUGAUACAUUAAAAAAGAAAUUUGAAAUUAUUAAGGAAAAAAAUGAAGAUUUAGAAGGUUACAUUACAAUGCAAAAACAACCUCAAGUUUCAGCAACUGAGACUAUUAUACCAGAAACAGAAGAAAUUUCUGAGUGGCAAUCUUUUGCAUAUACUCAAAUUAAAGCAAUCAAAGAUGAAAUUAAAAAAGACAUGACAAAUAAAGUACAGUUUGGAAAAAUAGAAAAUGUUAUUUAUAAUGUUGAAAAAGCUCUUCCAACAAUAAAACAAAAAAUUCAAAAAAUUAUUGAGGAAAAAUGUACAACAAAAGAAAAUAUUGAUAAGUUAGUUCAAAUGCAAAAUAUAAUUGAAGAAGAAACAACAUUUGUUCUUGAAGAAGUAUAUAAAAUUAAAAUUAAUGAUGAUAAUAGUGAAAAUGUAUUACUAAAAGAAACAAUAUACCAGAUACAAGAAUCACAGGAAGAUGCAAUUACACAAAUCCAACAAGUUAAACAUGAAAUACAUAAUAUUUCUCAAGAUAUUCAAAUACCAAAAGUAGAAGAAGUUAUAGGAAAGUUAGAAAAAGCAAUUCCAAGAAUAAAAGAAAAACUUGACGUUGUUAUUACUAAAAUUCCUCCAAGAACACCUCAAGUAUGUAAAAUGAUAGAAAGACAAAAAAUCAUUGAUAAAGAAGUUGAAGAAAUUGCCGUUGAAAUUAACAAAAUAAAAAAACAAGUUCCUAAAAUUAAUAUUGAACAAACUAUUGAAGAAGUUGAUUGGAUUCAAAAAGAGGUACUUGAAAAUAUUGACAAUGUUAAACCAACUAUUGUUAAUAUUACUAGUGAAGAAGAAAUAACAAGAGUUGAAGAUUUUGUAGCAAAUACAGAAAAAAGUAUCUCACUUAUGAAACCUAAAAUUGAAGUUAUUAAAACUCACAUAACUAUGCCAACACCACAGGUUGCUAAACUUGUGGAAGUUUUACGUGUUAUUGAAGAGGAAACAAUUAUAAUGAAAGAAGACCUUGAACAAGUUAAAUUUGCUCUUCAAAGAGAUGUUGAAGAGGUAUUAGAAGAAGUUUCUGCUAUUCAAAAUGGAAUUAUGGAAAAUAUAAAAGAAGUUAAAGCAACUGUUUAUGAGAUAACAGAGAAUAAUGAUUUAAAUCGCCUUGAAGAUAUUGUUUUAAAAGCUGAAAAAGCUAUUUCAUAUACAAAACCAAAAAUUGAUAUAAUAAUUAGUAAAGUUCCAUCAUCAAAAGUUCAAGUAAGUCAUUUAAUGGAAAAUCAACGUAAAAUAGAAGAGGAGACAAGAAUAAUUAAGGAUGAAAUUCAAAAACUUCGUACCUCAAUACCAAUAAAAAAAGUAAUAACAGAAAUAACUACAUGGCAAGUUGACAUUUUGUCAAAAAUAGAAGAUACCAAAAAAGAAAUUAAUUUAAUGAAAACAAAAGAACAUGCUUCAAAAGUUUUAAAUAAAAUAAAUGGUAUAGAAAAAGAAAUACCUGAAUAUCAUUCAAAAAUAUCAACUCUUAAAACAUCAAAUAAUGGGGAAUUGGUAGAAGUUAAGCAAAAACAAAAAAUUAUUGAAGAAGAAACUACUAUUUUAAGGGAAGAUUUUCAAAAAAUUCUUCUUGAUAUUGAAAAUCAAACUAGUGUAAAUGAGAGAAAAAAAAGCAUAGUUGAAGAAAUAAACAUUUUACAGUGUAAAUGUUUUGAGAAAAUCAAUGAAAUGAAAUCAAAAGUUAAAUUUAUUGCAACUGAAGAACAUGUUAAACAAUUUGAUGAAAUGCUUCAAAACAUAAAAAAAGAUGUUAUUAAUAUUUUACCAGAAAAAAUUAAUAAAUUUAGAGAGGGAAUCUCUGAUAAUAUUGAUGAAGAAAAUUGUAUGAUAAAUAAACAACAAAAACUUGAGGAGGAAUUAUUAAUAAUUGAGGAAGAUUAUAGAAAAAUAAAAUUAACAAUACCAAAAGAAGGUGAAAUAGCAAAAAAGAUUCUUGAUGAUGUAAAACAAUGGCAAGAUGAAACAUUAGAAAAAUUGGAAAAAACUAAGAAAAAAAUUAAGCAUAUUGUUACAGAAGACGAAGUUACAUAUAUUCAAAAUGAUAUUUUUGAAAUUGAAAAAGAAACACAUGUGUAUCAAAAUAAAAUUAGUGAAGGUAUUUCUCAUUGUAUGGAACCAUCACUUCAAUUAAAUGAAGUAAUGCAUAAACAAAAAAUUAUUGAAGAAGAAAUUUCUAUUUUAUUAAAUGAAAUUGAAAUUAUUAAUAAAAAUUUAAUUGAUAAUAAAAAACAAACAACAAUAGAUGAGACAAUGAUUAUUGAAAACAUAGAAGAAAGACUUCUGUUAAAACCUCGUAUUAUAACACCAUUAAUUGAUAUACAAGCUAAUGAAGGAGAUAAAAUUGAUAUUGUUGCUAAAAUUUCUGGAUCACCACCACCAAUAGUUAAAUGGAUGAAAGAUGGUAAACCUAUAACUGAAACUAAUGAUGUUAAAAUGUCUUCUUCUAAUGGUAUUGCUAAAUUAACAAUUACAGAAGUUUUUAUUACUGAUUCUGCUAUAUAUACAAUAGCUAUCUCUAAUCCACUUGGACAUGAUGAAAGCAGUGCAACAUUAAAUGUCAAAGAAUCUCAAAAAGAUAAAGAAAAAAGUCCUAUAAUUGGUAAACCAGUUUUUGUAAAAGAAUUAACAACAACAACUGUUGAUGAAGGUGAUAUAAUAAUUCUUGAUUGUAUAGUUAAAUCAUCUCCUGAACCAGAAAUUAUAUGGUAUAAAGAAGAAGAAUUAAUAAUUGAAGAUUUUAGAAGAUCUUUAAAAUUUAUUGGUGAUCAUUGCACUUUAACAAUUAAAAAUUGUAAUCUAGAGGAUAGUGGUCUUUAUAAAUGUUUAGCUAAAAAUAUUAAUGGUCAAACAAUUAACUUCUGUAAGGUUACUGUACAAAAAAGAGGUAAAAGUAUACCUCCAAAAACACCACCAAAACCAAAAAGUUUUAUUCUCCCAUCACCACCAGCAUUUGUACCAAGUUUAGUUGAUGUUACUGUUGAAGAAAAUGACAAAGCUGAAUUCUUUGUUAAAGUUUCUGGUGAACCUAAACCAGUUAUAGAAUGGAAAUUUGAAGAAAAACACAUUAUACCAAAUGACAGAAUUCAAAUCACAUCUAAUGAUGAUGGUUGGAAUCAUUUAAUUAUAAAUAAUGUCUAUCAAUCAGAUGUUGGUUUAUAUACUAUAACAGCAAAUAAUGAAUCUGGAGAGGCACGUAGUGGAGCAACAUUAAAUAUAAUUCCAAAAAUUGGAACUAUAAAAAGAAAUGGUAGUAUAAAAAGCAUUGAUGAUCAUAAAUUGACAGAUUCAACAAAUGAUUUAAUUUUAAAAACAAAACAAUUUAUUCAAGAUCAUGGUGGUUAUUGGACUGAUGGUGGAUUUACAGGAACUCCUACACCACCACCAAUUCCAAGGCAUAGAAUUAAUCAAACAGUUACCGAAGAUUAUGGUGAAAUUGAGUAUACAGAAAUAGGUCUUUCUCCAACAGCAACCAUACCUGAGUUUAUUAAACCUCUUCCAAAUGAAUUUACAUUAAACGAAGGUGAAGAAGGAACCAUUGAAUGUAUGAUGGUUGGAAAUCCUAGACCAAAAAUUGAAUGGUAUUUUAAUGAUACUAAAAUAAGUAAUUAUGAUAAAACAAUUGAAAUUAAAUGUUCUGGUGAUACAUAUUCAUUAACAUUUAAAAAUCCAACAACAUCAUUAUCAGGUUUUUAUAAAAUUAUAGCUACUAAUUUAAAGGGAACUGGAGAAAGUGCUACUGUUAUUCACGUAAGACCUAAAUCUUUAAUACCGACACCAGUCAGAAGUUAUAAUAAACCACCACCAUUUUGGAGGCAAUCUAAUGGUAGUCAAGAUAAAGCUGGUGAAUUAUAUAGAAAUGUUCUUAAAUCAACAGACCUCUCAGGAAAAUAUGGUUCAACAGAUGAUAGUAUAUCUAUAUCAAAAAAUGAAAUCUCUGGUCAAGCACCACAUUUUUCACAAACACUAACAUCAACUGUUUCAGCAAUUGGUGAAAGUGCAACUUUUGAAGGUAUGAUUACAGGAUGGCCUGUUCCUGAAAUUAUUUGGAGUAAAGAUAAUAUAAUUUUAAAUGAAUAUGACUAUCCACAUAUCGUUUCAUCAUAUAUUGGUUCAAAAGUAAGACUAACAUUUAGAAAAACAUCACCAGAUGAUUCUGGUAAAUAUAUAUGUACAGCAAAAAACGCUUUUGGUAUGGCAACAUCAUCAGCACAAUUAGUUGUUAGACCUAAAACUAUAGCACCAGACUUUUUAAAACGUCUUAUCUCUGAGGAAGCCAUAAAAGGUCAAUCACUAAGGUGGCAAGUUAAACUUUCUGGUGAUCCAGAACCAAAAGUUACAUGGUUAAUUAAUGGGGUUGAAUUAAAAAAUGGUGAAAAUGGUUUUUAUGUAGAAUAUGAAGGUAAUUCUACUUAUUCAAUGAUUAUUCCUGAAGUUAAUGCUUCUCAUGGAGGACAAUAUACAUGUCUGGCAGAAAAUAUUGCUGGUGAAGCAAGAAGUACAGCUGAUCUUGUAGUUAGAAAUCCUGAUCAAGCCCCAGGAAAUUAUUUUCAUGUAACUAAAGUUAUGGAAGGAACUAGAAUUGGUAAUGAAGAGAUAUCAAAGAACGAAGUUUUUAGUAUCGAAAAUCCUAAAGUUAAUUUUUAA